GCGACCUGUAGUCCAAUACACAACUCCAGCGCUAAUAAAUCUUCUCAAAUAUCGACAGUCGACACUCUGUUUUGCUCCUUCUUUCGCCUGGAUUUUACCGUUGCACCCAUCAAAGACCAAACCGUAUCUUCGGCUACACACUUUCCCUUAGAUCUCCACUACCCUAGCGCCUCACAUGGACAGCCCAACCGCCACCACAAAGCUCCGCCUGAUGUGCAGCUACGGCGGGCACAUAGUCCCACGGCCUCCCUCCAACUCACUCUGCUACUUAGGCGGCGACACCAAGAUCAUCUCCCUUGACCCCGUGACCACCACCACCCUCUCCUCCCUCACCGCCCUCCUCUCCUCCGCUCUCUCUGUGCCUCUCCCUUUCACCCUCAAGUACCUCCUCCCUCCCCACCACGACCUCUCCUCCCUCAUCCCUCUCGCCUCCAACUCCGACCUUCUCUUAUUCCUCCACCACCUCCUCAGCCUCUCCUCUUCUCCUACGCCCUCCCGCAUCAGAUUGUUCCUCUUCCAGGCCUCCGUCAUGCGUCACCCCAAGACCGAGGCUUGGUUCUCUGACGCGCUUAAGAGCGCCAAGAUUAUGCAGAAGGUGGUGCUGGGUGAGGCUCAGAGUGAGAGUCUGAGUGGUGGGGACUUGAGUAAUAGUGCUUCUUCCAAUGCGGAGUCGUUGGUCUUGGGGACUGGUUCGUCUUUUGGGUCUACGUCGUCUUCGGCUUCUUCGAGCAAUUUGUCUUCGCUUAAGGUUCAGGCUGACGACGGUCAUGGCGGGGCUUAUCUGCAGGAUAUUAAGGUUACAUUGCCGUCUUCCGAAUCGUUUGCUAGUGAUAAUAGUGUUAUAAGUGCCAUUUCCAACCCACAGACUGCAAAUUGCCAAGACCCAGUCAUUCAUGUUUCUUACUUGAAGAGCAGUGCAUCUUCUAAACCCCUCGACUCGGAGAGUACAAUCUCCGAGCCUUUCUCCGGUAUCCAAGAAUGUAAAUCAGUUUUGCCUUCUGGAUGUCCAUUAUCUUUACAAUCAAAUCAGCUGCAGCAACAACAAGUGCAAUUUGUUCAAGUGGGUGCCAACUACAUUCUCCAUAACCCAACUGGUGUAUCGCCAAUUUCAUCUUAUUACUCAAUGUAUCCGGCACAGCCGCAACAGCAGUUCCAUUAUCAGCCCAAUCAGCUUUGCCCAGUUUACUAUGUGCCUGUUGGGCAGAUGGCACCUUACAAUUUGCCUGUGCAAUGUGAUUUGGUUAACACUGCAACUGCUCCCAAUCAGCCCCCUAUGCAUCCAAAUACUUCCUUGAUCACUCCCCAAAUUGCUUAUAAGGAGGCUACAGUAGCUCCUGCCGAACCUGAUAUAGCCUCACAUAUUUACAGAACUGGCCAUGCGCAUGUUGCGAUGCCACUUCCUCAUAAUGAAAAUCAGCAACAGCCCAUGGAAUCUGCUAAUUUCAGGAAUGAGCUUGAAGACGACCCUGCAUAUGACCAAAUAUACAAAUCUCAGCCUCCACCGCCAUCAGUCCUUCUGACUACCAGACAUUGAGUAAAGUCAUAACAAGCCUGUUACCUGAGGCUUUGGCUCAGUUUGCGGAAAGACAACCUCCAGCAAGAGAUCAGACCCUCACAGCCAGAAUGUUUGUAUAAUCUGAGAAGAAAUUUUUUUGGUAGAAGUGCUUUGUCAACUUUAAAGAACUUGCUUGCUUGGUUUAUUAUUUUGGCAUUGGUUGUGUUCACUAUCUGGUAUAAAAAUUAGCAAUUCGUUUUCUUC